GGCUGGGAGCGCACUAGGUGAGCUGCCCCGUCUCAUCCUCCUGCUGCAUCUGGGCCAUCAGCUGCUGCCGCUCGGCCGCCUGGCGCAGGCGCAUCAUGACCAGGCUCUCGUAGUCCCUCUCAGACACCAAUGAGCCCUGGAGACAGAGAGGGGGACAGGGCGAGGUCAGGACACCGCUCCCCAGACUUGGGGCAUGCAGCCGAGCCAGGGGGAGGAGGCAGGGCGGAAAGGCCAGGAUCAAGCAAGCCCGCCAGCCUCCCACUGCUGCUUCUGCCCGUCCCCACCCGUCACCACUCAGCCCUCCCACCCGGCCAGGCCCUCAUUCCGGCAUCAGCUUGGCUUCAUCUUUUCUUCGUUAGUCACUUCCUCAAGCUUGUACCAGCCCUGUCUGCCUUCCGCUUAGCUGUCUCUGACACCCUUCCCGCCGCCCCUGCGGCUACCCCCUCCUCACAGGCUUCCAGGGAAGCGAGGUUGUCAGGGGUGUACCCCCCACACCACCUCCCUUGACAGGGAGAGAAGCAGGAGGCCGGCUCCCCUGUCAAACCCUGACACCAGUGCUCCUGGAGGGCAGGGCCUGUGGCUUUUCCUUUAUGAUCUCGACAGCAGGGCUGGGGAUUAAAGAGCACUAUAUUGUAAUAAUAAAAAGAAUAAUAAACAGCCGUUCUGUGGCUGCCUGUCAGGGGGAGCCACCCGCCCCGACCUGAUAAGGUCUUGUGGAACCAAGCCACCGCCCCCUACGGGCUGGGGGAAGUGGGGCGCCCACCCAGGCAAGCCGUGUGGGCCGAGCAGGCUGCUGAACCCGUUCCUCAGGGUGUCCCGCUGGUACACACCAGGGCAGAGUGGGGUGGCCAGUGACCCGGGGAGCGAGAGGGAGUGGCUGGGGUUUAAUGCCAGGCCCUGCCAACCGGCUGGACUGAAAGGAUGCAGAGACCCAGGAUGCUGCUCAGCCCCAUGCCCUGUUCCUCUCAGCCUGGGCCAGAGCACCAGGCACAGGUCUGGCAGCCCCAGAGAUGUGGCCCUGCCCUGUGCCCCCCAGAGAAGGGACCCCUAUGGAGGGCCCAGGGUGCUGGAGCACUGGUGCAAAAAUGAUUGGAAACAGCAGGAGCCCCGCCUUCAGCUGCCCCCUGCCCUGACACUGUAUGGAAACCAGGGGCUGUAGGAGGCUGAGCUAUGACCCCACCCCCACCCCUCCCCCAAAAUCAUGCUACAGUGCCUGGAAAACCUGAGGUUAUCCUCUGCAUGCCCCGGGCCCAGCCCAGGAGGAGCCGGCCUUUCGGCCUUUCGCAGGCAUGGGGCUGCCCCAGGCUCUGCUAAUGAGGGCCUGUCACGGGGCUGAGUCACCACCCCAACGACAGGUCUCUUCCUUCCCAAUCACUGUCCUCGUGCAGGCCUUCCAAUUACCUCCCGCCCCCGACCUCCCUCGCAGACACACGGCAGGAAGGGGGGGGUUGGGGGGGCGCGCGGGCCCAGCGCAGCGGGUGACACACAAAGGCAGGCUGCGCGCAGGACAGGUCCCCAGAGGAAUCUGAAGCUCCCAGUGCCCUGGGGUGUUGGCCUCGGCGGCCCCGAUCCCGCACGCGGAUGCUGCAAUUACCUCAGCACGAAACCCGGCUUCCCACCUGACUGAGUCAGCUGGAAACAACAGCGCAGCUGCUCGCCACCCGCCGCCGCACACCGCGCACUGCACACCGCCGAGCCGAGCCGGGAGCCGCGCCGGGGCUGGGUGCGCCCCGACGGCACGGGCGGGCGGGCGGUCCAGAGCCACGGCCGGCGCUGCCCCCACUCGGCCCCGGUAAGUGCGGCUGCUUCCUCGGCGGGGAGUUUUUCCACUGUCCUAUCAAGUAACCAGGCCACUCCGGCCGGUCGCCAGGGACGCUCUCGCUCUCGGCGCGGCGGACGGGGGCGCGCGCGGUGGGACCUGCCAGCCCGCCCUCCGAGAUGCGCGCCCUGGCUCGGCGCUGAGUCCGCGCCUCAUGGGCACCGGCUGCGCCGAACCUGGCUCCUGAGCGAGCGGACCCGGGCGCGGGCUCCUGGGGAGGGGCCCAUGGAGACCUGGAGGAAGGGCUCCUUCCGCAACGCCUCCUUCUUCAAGCGCCUGAGCCUGGGCCGGCCGCGGCGCCUCCUGCGGCGCCAGGGCAGCGUGCUCAGCCAGGCCAGCACGGCAGGCGGGGACCACGAGGAGUACAGCAACCGCGAGGUCAUCCGCGAGCUGCGGGGGCGCCCCGACGGCCGGCGCCUGCCACUCUGGGGGGACGAGCAGCCCCGGGCCACGCUGCUGGCCCCGCCCAAGCCCCCGCGGCUCUACCGAGAGAGCACCAGCUGUCCCAACAUCCUGGAGCCCCCGCCCGCCUACCCGACCACCCUGCCCUCGUCCAUCUCCCUGGCGGGCCCGCUGGACCAGUACUCGGAAGAGGAACUGCUGGACAGCCCCCCCUUCCCGAGGACACCCGCUCCGGACCUCAGUGACCCCUUCUUCUCCUUCAAAGUGGACCUGGGGAUUUCUCUUCUUGAGGAAGUUCUGCAGCUGCUGAGGGAGCAAUUUCCCAGCGAGCCCAGCUUCUGAAUGGGGUGAGGGUGAGCCCAGCUGGGGUGACUGGAAGAGCCUGGGGAACCAGGUGGAAGAUGAAGGAAAAGGGUCCGGUCAGGAGACCAGGGUUCCCCCAUCUCCCCGCUUGCAGGGUGAGCUGGGAGGUUGAGGGGGCGGACAUGGCCAAGACAGGGCCUGGCAGAGGGGUGGGCCGGCAGGGGCUGAGUCAGACCGGGCAGUAAAGCCAGGUGCCCCGAAGUCACUGUCACAGGAAGAGGCUACAGGGCAACUCUGGGCAGCAGUGGCCAGAGAUCGAGAUCUACAGGGAGAGGCUGAGAAAGAUCCCACCCUGGCCCUUUCGUGGCACCAGUUACUGCACAGUGGCCAGCGAGAGUUCCAGCUUUGCAAGCUGGAGGCCUGGGUCCAACCGCUGGCACCACUGGGAGCACAGGGCUGGGAGUAGCCAGGAGUAGCUGGGUGUGGCCUCAAAACCAAAACCAAAACCAAAAAAAAAAAAAAAAAACCACCCCAACCAAAACCCCAGAUUAAAUUAACUGGAAUGAAGUAUCACUGUCAUUGUAUCACUGUCAUUCCAUUGUUCAUCCAUUUGCUUGAGCGGGCACCAGUAACAUCUCCACUAUGAGAUUUGUUGUUACUGUUUUUGGCAUAUCGAAUAUGCCACCGGUAGCUUGCCAGGCUCUGCUGUGCAGGUGAGAUAGUCUUGGUAGCUUGCCAGGCUCUCCAAGAGGGACAAAGGAGUCGAAUCCGGGUCGGCCAGGUGCAAGGCAAACACCCUCCCCGCUGUGCUAUCUUUCCAGCCCAACUGGAAUGAAGUACAAUGAAAAAAAUCCCUCUUUAGUCCCUUGAGCUCAAUUUCUAGUGCUCAGUGGCCACUCAUGCCUUGUGAUGCAGGGACCGUUGGCAUGGUUGGAGGGAAGUUUCUAGGGUGUCAGUGGCAUGGGUGAGGGAUGCAUGCCCUGCAAAGGAGACAGAGACACAGAGAGGGCUCAGACUCAGCUGCCAACACGGCUGCCUGGGAUGCUCCCUGGACCCGAGCAAGGGGCUUCUGGAGCGUGAGCCACAGGCACAGCCUUGCCUUGCACAGGGCACAGGGGGUGCUUUGUAAGUGACGGAGUCCGUAGGAAAGGCAACGAAACCAUAGCUGACCCCCUCCGCGCCCUGUGAACGAGAGAACUGGAUCAGCGGGUGGACACACAGCUCCAGGAAGCAGCAGCACCGGUUCCAGCAGCCGCCGCCAGCCGGGAGCUCUCCUUGCCUGAACCCUGAUGAUGGGGCUGCCAACCGGGGCAGAGCCCACUGGGUCAAGGCCACAGGAUGUGCCCCGCCCCGCCCGUGACCUGGACAGAAGCUUUGACACGUGGGCAGGGCUGGGCUGGUCAGGGCUAACGCCUCAGGCCUUUCCGAGUGUGGCUGAGGGGAGCUAGAAGCUUCUACACCCAAGCCCUGCACCCCUCCUUCCCUCCUGUACGGGUGUGUCAGCUGCAAGGGGACAGUGAAUAAAGUGCUUUGUCAUGGCACCUUCGAGGUGCCUGGGCUGCA